AUGCCAGCACCAACGCUAGCAAGCCAAGGGAUCUUCCAAAAGCGACAUCUCCAACAAGAGGAUGAAAUGAUGAAUGACAUCCAAAGAUACCGUCAUCGCCCAACUACAACGAGGAACUACAAUGAAGAACAGCUAGAGGAGCUGGGUAAUGGACUCUGCAAUUCCGGCAAGCCGUUCCUUUGGGUUGUGAGGUCAAAUGAGGAGCAUAAGUUAUCCAACGAACUCCGUGAAAAGUGUAAGGAACGUGGCCUUAUUGUUUCCUGGUGCCCCCAGCUUGAGGUCCUCUCACACAAGUCUACAGGUUGUUUCUUCACGCAUUGUGGAUGGAACUCAACACUAGAGGCAAUUGCUAAUGGCGUGCCAAUGAUAGCAAUACCGCAUUGGGCUGACCAGCCAACCAUAUCAAAAUACAUGGAGAGCAAGUGGUGCAUGGGCAUGCGGGGGCGUAAGGACGAGAAAGGUUUGGUGACAAGGGACGAGGUGGAACGGUGCGUCAAGGAAGUGAUGGAUGGGGAAAGGAAGGAUGAGUACAGGAGGAAUGCUGCUGAGUGGAUGCAGAAGGCCGAGGAAGCAAUGCAAAGUGGAGGGAGCUCAGACAAGAAUAUUACUGAAUUUUUCGCAAAGUAUUCAUGUUAAAAAUCUAGUGC